AUGGUUAGUAUAUUUCGUUUAUCCCAAAACCGUUCCCGAGAAGGACAAGACAAUUUCUUUCUUUGGUCAAUGGUUAUUCUUCCAUUUUUGGCGCAAGGUGCUUACAUAUUCGAUGCGUUUUAUUAUAUAACCCAUCAAGAAGAUAAUAACGGCUACGAAGGUCUACUUUCAACAAUUCUCAUUGUAUUUACAUACCUUCGUUAUUGUUCACCGAUCGAAUGUCGUUUGUCUCUCUGUGUAUACUACAUAUUUUUAUGUGUACUCAGUGAGACUGGCAGUAUUGUGUACAUGAUAGCAUUUAUCAUGAGACACGAUCUGUUUUUCAGCGUUGUCUAUGGUAUGUGGAGUUUUAUUGAAAUUAUCAUGACAAUCUUAUUGAUCUACUGUCGAGUUGUGAUGAGAUAUCAAGUGAAUUUUAUUGUGGAAAAUAAACAUCUGUUUCAUUUUAUGUCACGAUUAGAAAUUAUCCUAGCCAUCUUCAUUCCGUUUUUUAUUAGUAAAAAUUUUACAACAUUAACUAAAGAUUCCAUUGCUUUCUUUUUACUCUUCGAUUUCUUUUCCGAUUCGUACUCACGCUUUCAAGGUAUAUGGAUCAAAUCAACUCUAUAUGUGUUCGUAGCAACUGUCACAUUAUCCGUUGCCGCCGAAUGGCUAUACUUUACCGAGAAAUCUCAUAUGUACGAACAAAUCUCAGCGGUUAGUGAAUUAGUCUCAGCGGUAUUAUGCAAUUUAUUGAUUAUUUUACAAUUCUUUCCUUAUCAUUUCAUUCCGAUUCACAUCGAAAAGAUAGCGCGAGAAGGUUUUAUCUUCCAACAACGUCUUAGCACGGCUUUAAUGAACAAAAAGGAAGAGCAACACAUAGCACCGGAAAAAUCCAAUGAAAAGAAGGUCGCUACUAUAGACUCAUUUUGUUAA